AUUUCACGCGUAUUAAUCGUUGAUUAGCAGUCUGAACAGCCGAUGACGACUCCACAAAGACCAGUGAUAAUAAAAAUAUCCGAUUCAUCGGUUCAAUAGAAAAUGAUCCUAUUAUCAGUUCCCGAUGAUACAAGAUAAUCAUUCUCCUAUAAAACCAAUCAGUGGGCGUAUACGGUAGCAUUUCUGGUGACAAUGACUUCGCCACCUACGACUAACCGAUUUAUCCAGAGUUUUCUCUACGUAAUCCUCUAUCUUCCCUUAAUCACCUGCGAAUCACCUCAGGAUUAUGACGGAGGUGAUACGAGAUUCCGUGUACUCAAUCCAUUUCUAUCGAAUCGAGAGAUAAAUAAUAGUGCAGUGCAGGUGUUGGACGUUAUUCGUGAACUUCAGCCGAGAAAUAUCAUCAGGGCAAAUGGAAGGAGUUAUUUGGACCGAGCAAUUCGAUAUGACGCAGUCAACAAUUCGCAAUGCCAAGAUCAAUUUGCAUUAUAUGUUAAUGGUCUAGAAAAAUUUGAGACAUGGGCUCUGAAAAUGUUGGAUUCAUCAUCGAAGAUUCCCUCAGGAAUUUUGAAAGGUAAUCUAAAGGACUUGGGUGCUUACGACGAGUGUACAUCAGUCGAAGUAAAAAAAGAACUGGAAUUAAUUCGUGGACGUCCAUGCAUGUACUCAUUCUCCAUCGAUGGAACACCGAUGAUGCCCACCUCGUUAGAGAUUUCACUAUCUAUAUGCGCACCUGCGAGCUGUGACGCCGAAGACGUAACAGCGAUGUUGAAGAACCUGAUAAAUGAAACGUCAGCUAAUAUUCCCUUAAAGAUUCGUGUGGGACAGGUACAGUGUUCCGUUAUAGAUCCUGCACCAUUCGAAACCGGAGAGACUGUCGUCUUAGUGAUCCUCUCGAUAUUCCUCUGCUUCCUCAUCGGCUGCACCAUCUGCGAUAUCUAUGCCCGAAUGACUUGUCGGAGCAGACAGAACAGCUUCUGCAAUGCAAUCUCAAAAUUUUCAUUUUACACUAACAUAAUCCGUAUAUUCAAUACAAAUCAGCCCGGAGAUAAUGUAUCAGUAGUUAAUGGAAUAAGAUUCUUCAGCUUAAGUUGGGUAAUUCUUGGUCACGAGUAUCUACUGUCCAUCCAAGGACCAUCAAUAAAUCCAUUCGACGCACGUGAGUGGUAUCAAUCCUGGAGUUCUACGUACAUCCUGAUUGCUCCAUACGCUGUGGAUACAUUUUUUGUACUGAGUGGAUUCCUCACUUCGUAUCUUUUCAUGAAGGAAAUGUCGAAGGGCCGACGAUUUAAUUUAAUCACGUAUUAUCUUCACCGUUAUAUCAGAUUGACGCCAGCUUUUGCGGCGAUAAUCAUCUUAUCGAUAUACUUGUUACCACGAAUGGGCUCUGGGGCCAAGUGGGACUCAUGGAUGAAUAAUCAGAAGGAAUUGUGCAAACAGAGUUGGUGGCCCAUGAUGCUUUAUGUUCAUAAUUACGUGGGCGAGCAUCGCUUGUAUUGUCUGGCCCACACGUGGUACCUCGCGAUAGACAUGCAACUCUUCUGGAUAUCCCCAAUAAUUCUCUUGGCUUUAGCAAAAAAACCAAAAAUCGGACUCAGCAUUUUAUCAAUAUUACUCAUCAUUUCAAUAAUCACACCCGCUAUCGUCGUGGGAGAGGAAAAAUAUUCCGCAUCGCUUACUGCGAAUAUUUCCAAACCCAAUAGGUUAAUGGAUAUGAUGUACAACUUAUAUUUGGCAACGCAUACCAGGGCGGGCCCUUGGCUCCUCGGAAUUUACCUGGGCUACCUAAUCACCAGGAGACGACACGAAAUCAACACGAAGUUUAUGGUCCUGGGAUGGAUCCUCGCACUGGUGGCAUUUUCCUUUAUCUUCUUCACCCAUAAAAUUUUUCAAAAUAGUAAUUAUGAGUGGAAUGCCCCCUGGGAGAUCUUCUACGCCGGUUUCGCGAGGCACAUUUGGGCUGUUGGUGUCUGCUGGUUAAUUUACUCAUCUAUGAUGGGUUACGGGGGUGUAAUUGCCGAUUUAUUGUCUCUCCGGGUAUUCAUACCUUUCGGGAGAAUAUCUUACUGCGUUUAUUUGAUUCACAUGAUUAUUCAAAAUAUGGGAAUCGCCAGUGCCAGGGUUCCCAGGUAUUUCGAUCAACUCGUAGUUACUGAGAGUUUCUUCGGUCGAUUAAUUACCUCUAUUAUUGCUGGACUCGCUCUUAGUCUCGUUUUCGAGUCGCCAUUCUUGGCUCUCGAAAAAAUUGUAUUUAGGAGGGACAGGAGAGAUAAAACCGAGUCUCGAGAGGUUCUCCAGGACACGGAACCGGAAAUCGGUGUCAAUAACGAUGGUUACAUUCCUGACAAGCUUGAGGCAAUUGAUGGAAAAGUAUGAUGAGAUCAGUCACCAUCUUCAUGGGUUUUGGAAUUAAAUAUAUGCGGGGAUCAAUCUGAAAUUAUAAUUCUACACAAUCGAGAUUGUACGAACAUGAAAUGUACAAAUUUUGUCAGCUGUUUGUAAAUCGAUUUUACGUCGGGAAAAAUAAUGUAUUCAAUUAAUUGAAUCACUUGGAAAAAUUCGAAUAAAAAUUUAUUUCGAUGCAAAAAGUUAAUUGGAUUGACGAAAAUAUCUGUACAAUAUUUAUAGUUACAUUAGUAUCACGUGGAGAGGAUUUUAAUCGCUCAGUGUGAUGUUUGCAUUAUCGAAAUCUUGAGUGUAUUUUACCCUCGUCUCGAGUAAAUAUUAAUCGAACACUAUUCGGUGGAUUUGUACAGGCUUAAUUGAUCUCGAAUAUCUUCCAUCGUCGCAUCUGGAAACACAUCCCUUCGAUUUCGUAAUAAUUUAUAAAUUUCGGCUAAUGAUUCGGACUCUGACCUAAAAAAAAAAAA